AUGAGAAGAAACCAGCAGAGUGUUAAAAGAUACAGCGAAGGAGAUUUUGUGGGUAACAUCAGGGAAACCAGGAAGAAAGGAGGAAACGUGGUGGUGGUGCGACGAGGUACAAGAAGCAGUAAAAGUGAAAAAGGAGAUGAAAAAGCAAAGAGACUUCAACAGAGAGUUAUAGAGAAGAGAUUGAGAGAGAAGGUGGAUAUAUCAGAGCAGCAGUUCGGCUUUAUGCCAGGCCGGUCCACAAUAAAUGCGAUAUUUGCCCAGAGACAGCUGAUGGAGAAAUAUAGAGAAGACUGUCUCACCAAAGCAGUUCAGAAGGCUGCCCCAUGGGACCUGAUGUUCGCAGAUGACGUUGCACUGAACGGGGAGACAAAUGAGGAUGUGGAAGAGAGGCUGGAGCAGAGGAGAAGAGAAUUGGAAGAUAGAGGGAUGAAGGUGAGCUGGCAUAAAACAGAGUACCUUUGUAUGGGAGAUCAAGAUCCAGAGAGAGCAGUAGAAAUGCAGUGUUUCAAGCUGAACAGAGUCCAAGAGUUUAAGUACCUUGGUUCCACAGAGCAGAGCGAUGGGGCAUCGGACAAGGAGGUUGAUGACGUUGCACUGAACGGGGAGACAAAUGAGGAUGUGGAAGAGAGGCCGGAGCAGAGGAGAAGAGAAUUGGAAGAUAGAGGGAUGAAGGUGAGCAGGCAUAAAACAGAGUACCUUUGUAUGGGAGAUCAAGAUCCAGAGAGAGCAGUAGAAAUGCAGGGUUUCAAGCUGAACAGAGUCCAAGAGUUUAAGUACCUUGGUUCCACAGAGCAGAGCGAUGGGGCAUCGGACAAGGAGGUUGGUAAGAGGAUACAAGCGGGAUGGAAUGCUUGGAGAAAGAUCACUGGGCUGCUAUGCGACAGACAGGUCCCAGCAAAGUUGAAGGGCCGUCUAUUCAAGACAAAUAUCGCAUCUGUUGUUUUAAUGGUACGAUCGGCGAUGCUGUAUGGGAUGGAGACAGUUGCGGUAACGAAGGGACAUGAGAGGAAGAUGGAAGUAGCUGAGAUGAGGAUGCUACGAUUCUCACUGGGGAAGACCAGGCUAGACCGGGUACGAAACAGCACCAUCAGAGAGACAAUUGGGGGAAUUGAGCAGCUGAGAGUUGAGGUGGCCCUUGACACUCUCGGAGGUGAGUAG